CCUCCUCGCUCACCUUUAGACUAUCUGCCAGCCUAUCCCGGUGCUCGACUUGGUCUUUUACUUGUGUCUGGCACCAUUACCUCCCUGUGUUCCGCGUCUCCGCCGUCGGUGUUGUUCCCCGCAGGCAUCCAGAGUUGUUUAUUGCAUUUAUUUUUUAUUUGUGUUUAAUUUUUAAUUUUUUCGCUUUCUUUCGCUUUACUCUGCUUUCCUUUGCUCUGGUCUGGUCUUUUCUUCCUGGUAGGCAGGUUGUUGCUGGUCCUCAUGUGAGCGAGUGAGAGAGUUGGAGUUGGAGUGGGGGCGGGCGUGUGAUUAAAGGGAUGCUCUCAUGCCCCGGCUUUCCGAGGAGGCCGGGGGAGUCGGCAGGGAGGAAUUGCUUGAAGUAUUGUUGUCAAUUUUACUAUCCAGAACAGUCCGAACCACAUCAUCAGCACCAUCUUCGUCACCGGAGUUGGGGAUUGGAGCAUGGCCGCUGCUGCUGCCACAGCUGUUGAUGCGAAAGCUUGUGAUUGGCUGGGGAAGCUGGGAGAGGUGCGGUAUAUGGAAUUCAGGGUGAAGAAAGAAGUCAUCGAGGGUGGAAAUGAGACUGCUGGAUGAGGCAACUGGAACGGGGAGUCGGAGGGCAGUGGUGAGAAGCGAGCGAUUUAUGGAGUGGCAACGAGAACUAAGCAGGUCCGUGUCUGCAGUUCGUAAGCUUGGACAUACGAGUGCAUUGCUUACAACUGAAAGGCAAUCUUGGGACGAAGACAAUGUGAAGAUGCAGAGGCACGAGUUGUCCGAGGAGAGGGAGGGUGAAGGGGAGGAAGCGGGAGCAGAUUUUCAGGCAGGGGCGGAUGUCACCACCGCAACUCAACGACAGAAAGGCAAGAAAACACAACAUCAGGGACAGCGGUCUGACGCGAAAACGCCUCGGAAAGAUGAGGAAGGAGGGGAGAAGAAAAACAGUUUGACGACCAUAAAUGAGUCAGCGGCGGAGGGAGAGGGCAAUGGGGGGAGGUUGAGACGAUGCAAGCAGCAGGUGAACCAGGCAUCUGCAGCGAGGCGGCCAGCAGCCCAGGUGCCCAGUCAACAUGAGUUGCCCCAGCCCGUGGCUCGGAGGAGGCAACGACGUGUGCCACGGUCGUUUACUCCGCCCAAGGAAGAUAUAGAAAGGGGCUUGCGAUCCUUUACAAGGAAUCGUGGUGUUGAGACUGUGCCUGCUACGACUAAAGCAGUGCCAAUCAACAGUAGCAAAGGAGCUACAAAGCGGUCUAAGCGAGUUGCCCAACGCCUGGCCAACGAGGAACCUGCUCCACCACCAUUGAAGCUGCCAAAGCUUCACCUGGUUCUGACACGAAAAGAAAUUCAGGAAGACUGGUUGAAGAUUACUGGUCACAAGUAUACUGGAAAACCCAGAAAGUCUACGCUUAUUCAACGGGGUCUGGGUCUAUGUACGGCUUUGACAUGCCCGUCAUCCAUUCGAUACCUCAACGAACCCCAAUUAUUGCAGGUCCCUUGACAGCAGUUGAGAGCAGCAUCGACAUGAUUCAAUGGGCUUCACAGUUCGAUGGAUUGAUAGUUUAGCAGAUUCGUCAUGGCUUCAUUCUUUUGACUACCACAUCAAAUCAUUGUUUGUGCCUCCAGUACUCGAAGAUAGAGCAUUUUGUAUCAUAAUAGUGAAUAAUAGCGAAUAGAGAGUUUAGAAGCAGGUUAGACACUGGUUCCCAUAGUGGAGGACGAUUGCUUAACAUGUUAGUGGCCGCUGGUGUGGUUCUGCUAGGCUUGUAUGACAAAAAGGGCGUCAAGUUUCACGACAUGGCUCCUGGUCUUUUCGGCAUCCCUGCCUAUGUACGAGGUGAAGAGGCCUGGCGGAACUUACAAUCUGCUGACGAGGUGGCUGCGCAUCUGUAUUGUAAUUCAGGGUAGUCUCGGCGAAUUUUAUGAUGUCCUCAGCUACUGACCUUGAAAGCGUGGCACAUGAGGAGGGGCUCAGUGUCGGGCUGUUGAGCAAUGUCACCGGGUUCGUAGUCGCUUAGCAUUUUUAAUCUCAAUGAACUCGACAUCUGACAUUGAUAACUAGAUAUGUGCAGUUGCUUGUUUUGUAAAGUAUCUGCUUGAAUGUGAAUGGCAUUGUGUUGUCUUCA